AUGCUGCUGCUGGGCCGCUCCGCUCUCCAGCUGCCAGCCUUCUGGUGGUACCUCUUCCUCACUGCCGAUGCCCAGGAGGUGGCCACCUUCACGGUGCAGUACCGGGUGUUCGAGGAAGUGCCGCCGGGAACGCUGAUCGGGACCCUGGCCGAGCACUUCGAGGGGGGCGAGAGCGGCGACGCGGCGGACACCUUCCAGCUGAUGGAGACCCCCGGCCGGUUCCCGCUGCGAGUGGGGAGCGGGGACGGGGCGCUCAGCACGGCCGGCAGGGUAGACAGGGAGCAGCUGUGCCGGCACAGCGAUGCCUGCUGGGUCUCCUUCGAUGUGCUGGCCGCCCGAAACCUGGCCCUGAUUCACGUGGAAGUUCAGGUGCUGGACAUCAACGACAACGCGCCGCGGUUCCCCACCCCCGAGCUGGAGCUGGAGAUCUCGGAGAGCGCAUCCCUGCGGACGCGCAUCCCGCUGGACAGAGCCCUAGACGCUGACGCCGGCCCCAACGCCCGCUGCUCCUACGCCCUCUCCCGCAGCCAGCACUUCGCUCUGGAGCUCGUCCCCGGCUCCGACGGGACGCGGCACGCCGAGCUCGUGGUGGUGAAGGAAGUGGACCGGGAGCUGCACUCCUCCUUCGACCUGGUGCUGACGGCCACGGAUCACGGGGAGCCCCCCCGGUCAGGUACCGCUUUAAUUAAAGUCGUUGUCCUCGACUCCAACGACAACAGCCCCGUCUUCGCGGAGAGCUCUCUGACGGUCGAGGUGCGGGAGGAUGCUCUGCCCGGGACCCUCCUCGUGACGGUCACGGCCACCGACCCCGACCAGGGCCCCAACGGGGAGAUCGAGUACAGCCUGAGCCGGCACGCACCCCCGGAGGUGCUGGGCACCUUUGGCAUCGACGCCCGCACGGGCAGCGUCGUCCUGAGGCACCCUCUGGACUACGAGGAGACCCAGGCCUACGAGCUGGACGUGCAAGCCCGGGACCUGGGCGCCAACCCCAUCCCGGCUCACUGCAAGAUCCUGGUCCAAGUGCUAGACGUCAACGACAACCCUCCCGAUGUCCACGUCACCUGGGCCGCCCGGGCACCGGUGCUCUCCGAAGCCCUCCCCAAAGACAGCUUCGUGGCUCUGGUGACAGCCAGCGACCCCGACUCGGGCAGCAACGGGCAGGUGCACUGCUCCCUCGGCCAGGGGGCCGAGCACUUCAGGCUGAAGCGGACCACCAGCCGCAGCUACGUGCUGAUGACCAGCGCCGCGCUGGACAGGGAGCUGCGCGCGGAGUACAACCUGACGCUGGUGGCGCAGGACCAGGGGGAGCUCCCCUUGGCCGUGCUGAAGCACCUCACCAUCGGCGUCAGCGACGUCAAUGACAAUGCCCCCUCCUUCGAGAAGGCCUCCUACGAGGCUGCUGUGGCUGAGAACAGCGAGGCUCCUGCCUUCCUGCUCACCGUCCGGGCCACCGACCCCGACCUGGGCUUCAAUGGCGAAAUCACCUACAGCAUCCCGGACUCCUCUGCUCUGGGUCUGGUCUCGAUCGACCCCACCACUGGGGACGUUUUUGCCCUCCAAGCUUUUGAUUACGAGCAGGUGAGGAACCUGGAGUUCCUGGUGACUGCGGAGGAUGGUGGUCACCCCAAGCUGGCAUCCAACGUGUCCCUCAGGCUGGCCGUGCUGGACCGGAACGACAACGCGCCCGUCGUCACCGCGCCGGCGCUGGUGGGAGGGGUGGCCACGCUCUCUGUCCUGGUCCACGCAGAGACUGGGUGCUUCUGGGUGGCCCCUGGGAACGGCAGCACCCAAGGGACUGCAGCAGUGACCAACGCCACGCUCAUGUCAUGUGCUGGCACUCCUCUGCUCUUCACUAUCGCGGCCAGGGACGUGGACUCUGGCCUCAACGGGGCUCUCCGGUAUGAGGUGGUGGGGGGGGAUGACGUUGGCCUCUUCAUCCUGGACCCUGUCUUGGGGCAGGUCUUCCUCAAUGCCAGCAAUGCCAGCAGCCUGGCAGGCAGUGAGCAGGAGCUGGUGGUGCGGGUGAGCGAUGCUGGGGACGUGCCCCUGCACACCCUGGCCCGGCUCCGCUUGGUAUUCCGGCGCCAUGGGUCCUUCUCCAAGAUCUCGGCCCAGGAUCCCGGCUGGCUGAGCUCCUCUCUGCUGGUCAUUAUCUGCCUGGUGGCUCUCCUGGGCGGUAGUCUUCUCCUUUUGGCUUUCACCCUGUCUUUGAGGAAGAAGGAGAAGAAGGAUGGCAUGGCCUACAACUGCAGAGAGGCUGAGGAUGCCCGCAGGCAGCAGCAGCUCAAGAAGCCACACAGGCAGAUCCAGAAGGCAGACAUCCACCUCGUCCCACUGCUCCGGGGCCGGCCCCGGGAGGAUGAGCCUCCCCACUCCUGCCAGGAGGAUCUGCCUGGUGUGCCUACCCCAGCACCAGGAAGCUCCCCACCAGCUCCCAUUCACCUCACCCCCACUCUUUACAGGACCCUGAGAAAUCAGAGGACCCAAAAAGACUCAGAGGAGGAGCAGGAGACCUUCAACUUGCCCAUCCUGCAGCGCCGGCCCUGCCAGCCCCACAGACCUAAAAAUUCAGCCAAAGAAGCUGUGAGCCCCCCGGAUGCACCACCACACUCCAAGUGCUUGGUGAAGCCACUACAGGGGCCCAUGGAAGGGCCCCUACUGGCACCCAGCCAGCCUGUGGGUGCUGGGGAACCUGGGCACCCCCAGCCCCACCAGCAGAUCCUCAGGAGCCUGGUCCGGCUGUCACUGGUGGCACUGGCAGAGCAGAGCCCCAGUGGGGAGUUUGCCAUGGAGUCACCACCAGUGCAGCAAAUCUCCCAGCUGCUCUCCCUGCUGCACCAGGGCCAAUUCCAACCCAGGACAAACCACAGGGGGAACAAGUACACGGCCAAGAAUGGCAGCAGGGCUGCGGGGCUGGAUGCUGACUGCCUGAGCACCAAGGACAGCGGACACGGCGAGAGCGAGGCGGAGGAUCGUGACUCCGAGAGCGGCUUUGAGCUCUCCGUGCAGCAGCUGGUGGGAGAGGAGCUGGAGACCCUCUUGGAGCCACAGGCAGAGCUGGCCCUCAAGAGGCUGACAGCUGCUGACCCAGCAUGGGUGGCUCGGCUCUCCUUGCCCCUCACCAGCAGCUACAAGGACAACGUCUUCUGCCCUGACUCUCCACAUUCACCUCAGGAUGAGGAAGCUGUGAGGCAGGAGAAACCGAGGACCUUUGAGACCUUUGGCAAAGGUGCUGGGGCCGACUCAAACGCUGCUGGGACGAGACUGGCCAGCACUUUCCUCUCAGAAAUGAGCACCCUCUUUGAAAUGAUUUUGUCCCAGAAGGUCCAAGUGCACAACGAAACAGGCUCAGGGCUGCUGCGGCAGCUGUCGGCGCACGGGAAGAGCCUGGCACUGGAGGACAGCGCUCCUGUUGUGUAG